GCCUUUCUUGUUCCUUGUCUCAGACUUCAGCUACGGGGCCGACGACUACGACGGAGAGGGGAAUGAAGAGCAGAAGGGGCCCCCCGAGGGCUCGGAGACCAUGCCCUACAUCGACGAGUCGCCCACCAUGUCGCCCCAGCUCAGCGCCCGAAGCCAGGGCGGAGGGGACAGCAUCUCCCCCACCCCGCCCGAGGGACUGGCACCUGGGGUGGAAGCAGGAAAAGGCCUGGAGAUGAGAAAGCUGGUCCUCUCAGGGUUCCUGGCCAGCGAAGAGAUCUAUAUUAACCAGCUGGAGGCCCUGUUGCUGCCCAUGAAACCCCUGAAGGCCACCGCCACCACCUCACAGCCCGUGCUCACCAUCCAGCAGAUCGAGACCAUCUUCUACAAGAUCCAGGACAUCUAUGAAAUCCACAAAGAGUUCUAUGACAACCUCUGCCCCAAGGUGCAGCAGUGGGACAGCCAGGUCACCAUGGGCCACCUCUUCCAGAAGCUGGCCAGCCAGCUUGGCGUGUACAAAGCGUUUGUGGAUAACUAUAAAGUCGCUCUGGAGACAGCUGAGAAGUGCAGCCAGUCCAACAACCAAUUCCAGAAGAUCUCCGAGGAACUCAAAGUGAAAGGUCCCAAGGACUCCAAGGACAGCCACACGUCAGUCACUAUGGAAGCUCUGCUCUACAAGCCCAUUGACCGAGUCACCAGGAGCACCCUGGUCCUACAUGACCUGCUGAAGCACACACCUGUGGACCAUCCAGACUACCCACUACUUCAGGAUGCCCUCCGCAUCUCCCAGAACUUUCUGUCCAGCAUCAAUGAGGACAUUGACCCCCGCAGGACUGCCGUCACAACCCCCAAAGGGGAGACGCGGCAGCUGGUGAAGGAUGGCUUCCUGGUGGAAGUGUCGGAGGGCUCCCGGAAGCUGCGGCACGUCUUCCUCUUUACAGAUGUCCUACUGUGCGCCAAGCUAAAGAAGACAUCUGCGGGGAAGCACCAGCAAUAUGACUGCAAAUGGUACAUCCCUCUAGCUGACCUCGUGUUUCCAUCCCCGGAGGAGUCUGAGGCCAGCCCCCAUGUGCACCCUUUCCCAGACCAUGAGCUGGAGGACAUGAAAAUGAAGAUUUCCGCCCUCAAGAGUGAAAUCCAGAAGGAGAAAGCCAACAAAGGACAGAGCCGGGCCAUCGAGCGCCUGAAGAAGAAGAUGUUUGAAAAUGAGUUCUUAUUGCUGCUCAAUUCCCCCACAAUCCCAUUUCGGAUCCACAAUCGGAAUGGAAAGAGCUACCUGUUCCUACUGUCCUCGGACUAUGAAAGGUCUGAGUGGAGAGAAGCAAUUCAGAAACUACAGAAGAAGGAUCUCCAGGCCUUUGUCCUGAGCUCAGUGGAGCUCCAGGUGCUCACGGGAUCCUGUUUCAAACUUAGGACUGUACACAACAUUCCUGUCACCAGCAAUAAAGAUGAUGACGAGUCUCCAGGGCUCUAUGGCUUCCUUCAUGUCAUUGUCCACUCUGCCAAGGGGUUUAAGCAGUCAGCAAACCUGUACUGUACCCUGGAGGUGGAUUCCUUUGGCUAUUUUGUCAGCAAAGCCAAAACCAGGGUAUUUCGGGAUACGACAGAGCCCAAGUGGGACGAGGAAUUUGAGAUUGAGCUGGAGGGCUCUCAGUCCCUGAGGAUCCUGUGCUACGAGAAGUGCUAUGACAAGACCAAGGUCAACAAAGACAACAAUGAGAUCGUGGACAAGAUCAUGGGCAAAGGGCAGAUCCAGUUGGAUCCACAAACUGUAGAAACCAAGAACUGGCACACAGAUGUGAUCGAGAUGAAUGGGAUCAAAGUGGAAUUCUCCAUGAAAUUCACCAGCCGAGAUAUGAGCCUGAAGAGGACACCGUCCAAAAAGCAGACCGGUGUCUUUGGUGUGAAGAUCAGCGUGGUGACCAAGCGGGAGCGCUCUAAGGUGCCCUACGUCGUCCGGCAGUGUGUGGAGGAGGUGGAGAAGAGGGGCAUCGAGGAGGUCGGCAUCUACCGGAUAUCCGGGGUGGCCACGGACAUCCAGGCCCUGAAGGCCGUCUUUGAUGCCAAUAACAAGGACAUCCUGCUGAUGCUGAGUGACAUGGACAUCAACGCCAUCGCCGGCACCCUCAAGCUCUACUUCCGGGAGCUGCCCGAGCCCCUCCUCACAGACCGACUUUACCCUGCCUUCAUGGAGGGCAUCGCCCUGUCAGACCCUGCUGCCAAGGAAAACUGCAUGAUGCAUCUGCUCCGCUCCCUGCCCGACCCCAACCUCAUCACCUUCCUCUUCUUGCUGGAACACUUGAAAAGGGUUGCUGAGAAGGAGCCCAUCAACAAAAUGUCCCUUCACAACCUGGCUACUGUGUUUGGCCCCACGUUACUGAGACCCUCAGAAGUGGAGAGCAAAGCACAUCUCACAUCAGCUGCAGACAUCUGGUCCCAUGAUGUCAUGGCACAGGUCCAGGUCCUCCUCUACUACCUGCAGCACCCCCCCAUCUCCUUCGCAGAACUGAAGCGGAACACACUGUACUUCUCCACUGAUGUGUAGCCCCAGGUGGGAGCAGCUGUGGGGGUGGCCGAGCCCACCUCUCCAGCCGGGGGACCCAACACAGACUUGAAAGACUACAAUAGAAAACUCCCAAACCCAGCACUCCAGACUCCAAGGGUCGCAGAUUUCCAAGAACUGGAACAUGUGCAUCUUUUGUGCCACCUGUACAAAGCCAGCUGACCCAGCCCCCAGCCUCACCGCCACACCUGGGCUCCUGCCCUUUGUACCUCUAGUUGUGUCUAAUGCUCCAUGCUGUUUGGGAAUUGUUCUAUGUCUGUCUGUCAUGCAGAAAAGGUGGUGACUGACCCAGUAUGGGCACAGAGAAAAGGUAGUGACUGACCCAGUAUGGGCACAGAGACGGCCUGCUUUGUUCUUUCAUUUCCUCCAACACUCUCCUCCUGAGUCCAGUCCAAGGGCUUUGAUUUGGCGCCCAGUAACUGCUGCCAGCUUACCCUCUCUUGGCCCUGCUCCCAGACUGCAGUCUCCUGGCAGCCUCCCCUCGGGUUUCUCCACUCUCCGCCCUCCCAGCCUGUCCACAUGCAUGUGCAGCCUUGGUUUUUGCUCCAUCACCUUGAAAGUUCUGAGGCGGCCCUGGGUGGCGGUGACCACGGUGGCCCAUCAGAUGCUGCCGCAUGCUGCCCCCGCCCUCCCCUUGCCCUCCACCUGUGGAAGCACACCUGCUUUGCCUUGUUGCCUGUGCAAAUGUUGGACAAGGAGACAGACUCACACUAAUCCUCAGCUUAGCAGAGCUGGAGAGUGGAUUUCUGGAAUUUUCCACUCGAGAAUCUCCAUUUCUGGGGUUUAUCUGUUCUGUCUCCUUCUGACCAGUGAGGCAUCUUGACUGUUUCUUCUGCUUUUCAGUUCCUUUUCCCCUCGUGUUUUAUUUCGAGUGUAGACUCACAAGUGACCUGCUAUCAAGAUAGCCGGAGGGUCAAGAAAGAAUUGGGGAGGUGGGAGAGGCAGCCACUGAGGCAGGAGCACUGGCUGGACAUUCGGAGGAGUGCCAUGUGGCACUGGAUGUCCUGAGUUGGGGAAGUGGCUGUCAGCAUCAAAGAGCUAUAGUAGCUUUCCUAGUGGAGCUAGGCCUCCAGGAGGGCAACUCAUGUGGCUGAAGCAGGUGUCCAGACAUAGGCAGGCUCCAUCCAGGAGACUAGCCCUUACUGGCACCUCACGUACCUCGUGGUACCUUUGCCUUAGAUUUUACAUUCUCCACAGCCAAGCACUGCCACGGGGCAGCUGCCAUGGCCACAUGUGCUCCAGGGCCAGGGAAAGACAGGCACAGUCCAACAGUAGCCAGCGUCAUGGUGCUGCCUCCCCACCCCAGCUCCUGGAUGCAUCCUUUUGUGUGAACUUUGGGAAACUCAAGAAGCUGGGGAAGAUGAGGCACCUGCCUCUCUUGGGAUUGGGUUGCUGGAGACCCUCAUUGUUGACACUCUACCCGGGAGUCAGGGGUCAGUAGGUUCCAUUCCCAACUUUGAGACCCACUGUUCUCAGUACUGGAAAGGAUGAGAAGUGAAGUAUCCCCAAAUACUUCUGUUUCUUCCCAUGUGCGCAGUAGCUGCCAACCUUUGGUGGUUGACCUGGAAGGGCAGACACUCCCAGACUGCAGGGGCUUGAGUAGUAGUACAGGCUCCCUGGCUCUUCUCUGUGGCAGAGAGUAGAUUCCAGGGUUCAGGAUUGGAGAGAACAGCUCCCAUAGCUUGAGCUCAGGGCUGAGUUUUAAUGAAGGGUUUGCUGGCCAUAAAGUUGUAGUGCUUGCUCCUUAAGCAGGGCCCUUUCUGAUCGUUUAUACCUGUUACCCAAUCUUGGGCAGAACGGUACACAAUCUGUGCACAUCAGAGAAAGGAGAUACUGAAGAGGAGGGAAAUACUGACUAGCUAGCUACCUGUUAGCAGCUUAGCUAGGAGCCCUGCUCCUUGGGACAGGAGAUGGGGAAAAAACUUGAGUCUGAAGAUCCCGGCAUCUGCCCAUCCCUGCUCUUGCUUCCAAAGCCACCGAUGGUAAUGAACUGGAGGCCCAGCUUGAGCUAGUUAUAGCCAAAAAUGGGUGCCUCCCACUUCCCCAAAACAAGGGAUGUUUACUUCUCAGCAUCAAACAGCUACUUACUACAGCCCCCAAGCUUGCUUAGGCAGUGUAAGAAUGGGAGGCUAGAAGGCUGAGAAAUGCCAGAGGCUCAGAAUAUUUAUAAAUUCUAACCCCAGAGUGGGGAGGGGCAGGUACCAGACUUGGACUAAGCUGCACCAAGGAAAUAGCCCAUGGGUUCUCCUGAGAGACAGGGACUGUGCAGCCCAGAACCCCCAGCCACUGUGCUCAGCAGGGCAGGCUGUGCCAACAGGCUCAGCACACAGGCUACAGGAAUCCUAGGAGGCCUGUCCUUGCUGGCAAUGACUGUGGGUUGCCGGUUUUUGCCGAUACAGGUGGGAUAGGACCCUUCAUUAAUAUUUGACUUUAAUAAGUUGGUAAGGAUAUAUUUUUUGUCUGUUCUGUUUCAACUUAUGUAGAUUAUUAUAAAUUGAUGUAAAACACGUGAAAGGAAAAUGUUAAUAAAAAAAUGCAAAGCCCCAACAUUUGCACACAACUCA